CGGUAAAUCAAUUUGAAUCAGAUGUUGCGGACAAUCUGUUAACGAUUAAUGAACUUGAUUUAAAUGAUGAAAAUAUGUUGAAAAAUCGAGUUUCGAAUGAACAAAAUGUGAUUGAAAGUUGGAUGCAAGAGGAUGAACCAGAUCAAGGGAAUAAAACUGAGAAUGUUGCGUCAAUUGUAUUGGCGCAUCAGAAUAUGACGGAGAAAAUUGUGGCGGGGGAUAAUCUUACUAAUAUUUUGCAGUCAGUUGAAAAUGUCAUUACGUUAGAAUCGCCAGGUGAUUAUUCGAGUACAAUUGUUGACGAACACUUUAAUUUACCUAAUGAGAUGGUGCCGGAGUUGAGCGCCUCUACUGCACAAUAUGUUUCGACUGAAGACGAAUUAGCCAAUAUGAAAGUGGAUAAUAGUGUUGUAUUGAUAAAGCCAAACGAAAUGAAUGCAUCACAAAGUUUUGACCCAUUUGACGAUAAAUCUGAUGCUUUUUGGAACAAUUUUGCGACUGUGUCAGAAGAUCCAUUUGUUAACAAUUCAGGAAAUAAUUCGGUAACCGCUUUAUAUUCUUGGAAAAAUGAUUUAUCUAAUAAUGUGGUAGAAUCACGUGUUGUUGAUCCAACGUUGUCUGACACUAGCGAUUUGGUCAAUGAUACUUUACCGAAACCUCCCGAUCAAAAUACGAUUGAUAUAUUGGCAAAGUACUUACCAGCAAAUCCUGAACAAAAACUUUCGAAUGAUUUGUUAGAACAUGAUACAAGUUUACCGAAUUCAAAACUUGCACAAGACAGUUUAUAUGAAAAAACAGUAACAGACGAGGAAGAAGAAGCGUUGGAUGAUUAUGAAUCUCAUUUGACUGUCGAUCCAUUAGGAACGAAAAUGAAAUAUUCUUUUACAGCUCCAGUUAUAGAUGACAGUGCUGAUGAUAGUUCGAUAUAUGACGAUUAUUUAACAAAAAAGAACGAAAUAGUUACGGUAGCUGAUGACUUGGUAUCAAAAGCACUUGAUGAAUCAAAAAUCGCUUAUUCACAAGAUGACACCGUUCAAGCCAAUGAUGUUGUUCCGCUUAAUAGCGACGAUACGGAUUCUGAUGAACAACAUCCUACAGAGUUUGAAGUCUCUGGUAGUAAUUAUCCUUUAAAUGCUACUCCAGAAGACUUUACUUCACUUAAACCUACUAUCAAUCAAGAAUUUUCUGAAAGCAAAGACGAUGCUUGGAUAACGGAUAGUGAUAAAAAACCUCAGAAAACCCUUCUGUUGGGCGAUGAACCAUGGGAGCUUGAUUUACCCACUACAAAAAGCUCAACAUCUCUGCAAGCUCAAGUAACAGAUGAAAAAGGUCCUUUUUUAACACAAACAGAUUCUUAUACCAACUUCUUCACGGACGCAUUUAAUCCACCGAAUAAAUCCGCAACAACAACAACAACAAACGAUACUAAAUUUGCAAGUGUUUCGGGUGAUGAAGAAGAACCAGAUAAUUAUGACGUUUAUUUUAAAUCAACUGCGAAUGCUGUACAAGAUGAACAAAAACCGUUCGCUGAAACUGUUCGCUUUGAUAACGUCGAAAAUCAAUCAGUAACAGGAGAAGACACAUUAGAAUCAUCAACGUCUUCCUCGUCAUCGAACGCAUCUGCUAUUAAUGAAAUGGAUGUUACUCCUACAUUCAAUUCAUAUGAUGCUGACAGAAUAACACAUCACAUGGAGAAUAUUCCAUCAACAAUUAAUACAAAAGAUGAAAUAAAGGAGAAGGACCGCUUAGAAUUAGAAUCAACGAAUAACCAAAAAAUUGUAAAGGAAAUUCCUACAGAACCGUUAAAUAAAACAGUGGAAAUUACGGCGUCAAAUGCCACUUAUCGUGCUCACAGUCACCUACCGUCUGAUGAUGGAGUAGAGAACAAACCACCUGUGCUUACGAAUGUAGAAAUUCGUAAACCAUCAGGUAAUUCAUUAAAACUUAACAUGAAAGACGAUUACUAG